CGGGGUCAAGUUUACCAUUGAAGCUGCUUCACUCAACUCUGUCUCACGCUCCACUACUAUAGAGUUUAGUUAGCCUCUUAGCUAGCUGUUAAAAGGUUGUUUUAUUAGCCUUUGCCUAUUUGGCCAGCUCAAACCAACUGAUCUGCCACGUUGGAUAUCAGAAAUUGGCUUUGCCAAAGUACCCAAACAAGCCAAAAGGAGAAGGAUAGCGAUGAGCGGCAGCGUCAACCAUCGAGGCCGCUGCCAAGCCUAGUAGCGAUGAUGCUGUCGAGCUCCAGCUAGCUGUGCAUGCAGAUCUUACCCACCCUUCCACAAGCUCCACCAGGAUAACGGCUUCACAGCCCCUCCACCGCCGACUGUUCCUGACGAUCUUGGAACAGAGUAGCCAGCCCAGGUUAUCUUAGAAUCCUACCCUAGCUGCAGGGUUUCUGUCCAAAAACAUUAAUUUAAUAGCAACUGGUUCAUAGGAAGAGAGUUGCUGGAAUACUCGUUUACUGCAGAUGAGGCAUUUUGUUUCCUGUGUCGAAGGUACUAUGUUGGGUCCAAUGCUAACGCAGACAAGGCCUUCACCCAAGCUGGGUGUUCUGACUGGAAGCAUGCUAUUGAUAGUACCAAAGGAUCUGACACUGCUCGCCCAAAUAUUUAUAUAUUCUUAAUUCCAUUCCUUUACUUUAGAUGAGUAUAUGGUUGUGACAUUGUUAUGACUGCACUGUCGGAGCUAGAAACACAAGCAUUUCGCUGCACCCGCAAUAACAUCUGCUAAACAUGUGACAAAAUCAAAUUAGAUUUGAUUUGCUAGGCACGCAUCAAGCAAAAGGGAAAAUGCGUUUUCUGUCUAUGAUUGAAUAUACUCUACAAAAAGACAAGGAACUUAGCACGGUGUUUUAGCACCAUAAACCCACAAUGCCGCACACGUCACGCAAUAUUCCAAAUGAAAUCAUAGGGCUCAUGAGUGGAGUGUCCACAGCUACAUCCACUGUCACAAAUGCGUUCAGUCAGCACGGAAGAAGCGCUAGGACUGUUCAACUAAUCCAACUGGCAUUUUGAUGGGAAAGAUUUCGGGGAGAAUGGAAUGAUCGAUUACUCAAGAUGCCGAGGCUGCAACUUCUGAAAAGGAUUCGCCACGCCUCCAAGACCACUGUGGACCCAAAUGAGGUGAAGAGGUUCCGGCUUCUCGCCACCAAGUGGUGGAACGAGCAGGGAGAAUUCGCAGCCCUUCACUCAAUGAACGACCUCAGGGUGCCUUUCAUACGGGAUAAUCUGUUGAACGCACAUGGCGGGCGGCAGCCGGGGAAACCCCUGGCGGGGCUCAGAAUACUGGACGUAGGCUGUGGCGGUGGGCUGCUCACUGAGCCCUUGGGUAGACUGGGGGCAGAUGUGCUAGGCAUUGACCCGGUGGCAGACAGUAUUGGGACAGCGGAGGUACAUGCUUGGCAUGAUCCAGACCUGCGUGGCAAUGUGCGCUACCGUGCCAUCACUCUGGAGGAGCUCUCUGAGAAGGGGGGGAAGGGAGCGGGUCAGUUUGAUGCGGUGGUGGCCUCUGAGGUGGUGGAACAUCUGGCUGACCUGGAAACCUUCACACUCUGCUGCAACCAGGUGCUCAAGCCAGGAGGCUCUCUCUUCAUCACCACCAUCAACAAGACCCAGCUGUCGUACGCCCUGGCCAUCGUGGCAGCAGAGGAGGUGCUACGCAUCGUGCCCAGCGGAACCCAUGACUGGGAUAAGUUUGUCACCCCCGUGGAGCUGGAGCGCCUGCUGGAGUCCAAUGGUUUCCAUGUGGAGUCUAUCCGAGGGAUGCUGUAUAACCCUCUGUCAUGGGCCUGGAGCUGGACAGAGAGCACCAGCAUCAACUACGCCCUGCACGCGGUCAAACUCGAGGAGGAACCGAACCCCGACGAGGACGACCCCGAAGACCCCACCGUGAUAGUUGCCCAAGCUAAGGCCAGACGCUGGUACAACUGACUUGACCAUGGAAGAGAGAUUGGUCAGCUGCAGCACAGAUCUUCUGAUCUCUGAAAGGAAAGGCAAUGGACCUAAAAAAAAAACAAAGCUAUUGAAAGUUAUAGUUCAGUGCUUGAUACAAGUACAUGAUGUUUUCUUUCAGCCAGGCCAUGAUUGUUCUGUGAGUUCAAGCAUAAUGAGUCUCUCUGAAUUGUGUGAACUGUUUAAGCUUUCGAGGCUUGUCAUUACAAUGCCAUCUGUUAUGGUAGAAGUGUUCAUCACCAUGGUUGACAUCUCAGGUCUCUGAUUUACUAUUGAGCAAGAUGUUUUCUUCAAGUAGAGUCACAAUGUGUCUGUUCAUCAAAAUCUAAUUAUUUUUCCUCAUGACACAAAUGUUAUUCUAGUCACAUGCCCCACUGGCUUCUAACAAAUUGCAUUUAAGAGCUGUUAAUUCUAUGCCCAAACUAUUGAUAAUGGGUCGAUGUAGGCUAUAGAACAGUCAUGGGAUGGUUUUCAGUCACAUACUUAAGCAGCAUAAAUUGAGCAGACCAGGUUUGAACAGGAUGAACAUGUCUACAAUUUGUCCAGGACACUAGUCUACCUCCAGUGACAUGAGCGCUAGACUACGAAGCCGCUGGAGUGCGCGCUCUUCUUGCAGAAUAGCUGUGCAGUAAGCAUUUUUGAUGUAUAAGUCUUCUUAUUGAAUAUAUAAAUAUAAUUUAAAGAAAAAGUGAAUCGGUAGGAAGCGAUCAUAAACUGAUCAAUUAAUACGGUUUCAGAACUACUAUGAACCGAACCUUUUGGGAAAAGCAGAGCGCACGGAUGCAGGCGGCACUGGGUUGGCACCAAUUAUUUAUAUUCACACUGACUGAUAUACAUUAUUGUAAAUUUUGGAAGCCAUAGAAAUGCAUUUAUUAAUGUCUACAUUCGUUUUUGCAACGUAUUAUAUUACAAACACCUCAAUGCAUACUUUCUAUUGUAUUAUGUGGGCUGAACAUAAAAAUAAAACGUUUUUUAUCUUCCAAGUAUAA